ACCAAACAGAAUGAUAAAAUUUAAGUUAAGGUAUGUCUUAAGGAGGUCUGAUACUAUUUUGUGAAAUUGGUCAUUAAUUAGUUUACAUAAAUUAAGAAAUGAAAAUUGAAUUUCGUUGUGGAAACAUUUGUUUAAGUUGUAAAAAUAAAAGGUUGUUAAAAAAAAUAGAAGUAAAAAGAAAGCAAAAGAGAAACUAAAAAUAUGGUCUUUUAUGCACGAGGUCGUGUUAGAGUCAGUAUGGCCGUGUCGGCGAUUGGUAUAUCUCAGUGUAUAAGGAAUCCUAGUUUCUUGUGUCCUCUCUUGUGUCAUCUUAUGUCCUGCAGUUUUGCAAUAUCAUGCAUCAUUUUUGCAUAUCAUGUUGCCUGUGCGGCGCUACAAAAAGUGUAGCACGACACACGGCUGCGUAGCAGGCUUCGUGGAUUUUGUCAUGUCCUUUUUUGAGAGGAACCGUUUUAGCGAGGCGUCAGCGUUGUGGCGCUGUCGCCGUGUGUGGUUCGCAGGAACAGUAUAGGCAGUUAAAAGAACGUAUAGUGAGUCUCUGUAAAUCGACGGCUGUGUUCAGACCGAAACGCACUCCGCUCUAAUGGAACCCGAACGUAAUUCGACAUCAGAAUGGAUGGACAAUGGCGUGCCAUCAUGGAAUUGCAAAAUAAAAAUUUGAUCGAUCUUGUGCGAGCCAUUAAAACAACGGAACCUGGUGCAGGGCAGAGCAAAUUCGUGCACCUACCCAAAUUCAACCCAGAUAAGGCAGGUGCCAUCGCUUCAUCGUGGUGUUCAACGGUGGAAGUAAUAUUACAAGAAAAUACGUUGAAAGGCAGUGCGUUGGUUCUGGCUUUAAGUUCAGCAUUGGAGGGUAGCGCUUCGCAAUGGCUGUCCCAAGUGUGCUAUGCUGAUAUAACCAGGCUCGAGUUCAAGGAAUUCUUCAUACAGCGCUUUGAUACUUUAGAAACACCAGCCGCUAUGUUUCUAAAUAUGCUGACAAAGCGACCGACUGAUGGCGAGUGUCUCGCGCUGCACGCAAGCCGCAUGGUUACAGAACUAACGACGAAAUGGCGUGAAAUGGAGAAAGAAGAAAUUGCUGUGUCCGUGACUCUCGCAUUGCUGGCAAGCUUUGAUAACCGUUUGCAGCGUUUAAGUUUCACAUCAAAUGUUCGAACCAGAAGCGAUCUACAGUCCGAAUUAAAAGCGUUCACAUUUAAUAAAAGGAAAAGUGGCUUUGUGGAGCAUCAAUCUGAAGUUUAUCCAAAACGACAAAAGCAAUCUUUGAUCGAGUGUCAUUUUUGUGGAAAAUUAGGCCACAAAAUGUUUGAGUGCAAACUCAAGAAACAACAACAUCACCUUGCUAAUGACAAAGAGCGACAUGUCAGACACGAUGAACAUCGACGUGAAAAAUCAAAUGUAACUUGCUACAAGUGUGGAGACUGGGGACACAUAUCUACCCAAUGCACAAAGAAGGAAGCUGAUAGGAACAAGACAUUCAGCGUUGCAGUACCUAAGGGAUGCAUGAACCACAGAGGUCACAUUUUUGAAGUCACCUUUGAUUCCGGAGCUGAAUGCUCACUGAUAAAAGAAAAGCUAAGUGCUAAGUUUUCUGGUAAACGAUUAAAUAAUAUUGUUAUGUUAAAAGGCCUAGGCAGUAAUGGAAUAUGUAGUACUGUACAAGUUUUAAGUAACGUUAAGAUUAAUGUCAAUUUUAUUGAGAUUUUGUUUCAUGUAGUAGGCGAUGAUCACAUGCAAAACGAUAUCAUCAUUGGGCGUGAAAUACUUAAGCAGGGUUUUGAUAUUGUCAUUUCAUCCAACAAAUUUACAAUUUCAAGAGCCAAAAUAAUUAAUUUGUGUACCGGUUCUGAGCCAGCCGAUAUUUAUACCGAACUUGACGAAGAAAAUAAAAUAAAACUUAAUUCAUUGUUAGCAAAGUACUCAGAUUGUUUUACAAAAGGCAAUCCAUGUACUAAGGUUAAAGUUGGCGAAAUGAAAAUUAGAUUGUUGAUUGAUUGUUGAUCCAAGAAAAACAGUUCAAAGAAGGCCAUACCGAUUAAGUCCAUGCGAGCGAGAUUUAGUUCGAGAGAAAAUUGAGGAACUGUUGAGGUGUAAUAUAAUUAGACCUAGCUGUUCACCUUAUGCAAGCCCUAUAUUGUUGGUAAAGAAGAAAAAUGGUUCCGAUGGGCUCUGCGUUGACUGUAGAGAGCUAAAUUCGAACACAGUCGCUGAUAAAUACCCGCUGCCACUCAUACAGGAUCAAAUAGAUAGACCUUGAGGAGCUAAUUAUUUUACAUGUUUAGAUAUGGCCAGUGGAUACUACCAAAUUCCUUUGCAUGCGGAUUCUAUUGAGUACACAGCGUUUGUGACGCCAGAUGGCCAGUAUGAGUUUCUGUCUAUGCCAUUCGGGCUUAAAAACGCGCCUUCUGUUUUUCAACGCUUUGUAAUGCAGGCGCUAGGGGACUUAGCAAAUUCUUAUGUUGUCGUCUAUAUGGAUGAUAUCAUGAUAACUGCCACAACACAAUGCGACGCGUUUGAAAGAUUAGAGAUCGUUUUAAAUGUUCUGACAAAGGCUGGGUUUUCAUUCAAUAUUACAAAAUGUUCUUUCCUGAAAACAUCGGUUCAAUAUUUAGGCUACAGUGUUAGUGCUGGUGAAAUUCGUCCCAACCCUCAGAAAAUUGUAGCGUUAACUGUCCUGCCGCCUCCACAGUCUGUAACAGCACUUAGACAAUUUAUUGGAUUAGCGUCGUAUUUCCGGCAGUUUAUAAAGGGCUUUUCACAG